UUUGCAUGAUUUUUCUUUUACAGGUGAUGAAGAAUUUGAAAGUUUUGAAUUUGACCAGUUGCCAUUGCUUAGAGAGAACUCCUAUCUUCUCUGCUCAUUCAAAUUUAGAACGUUUGAUCCUACGGGGCUGUAGAUCAUUAAUCACAAUUGAUAAGUCAAUUUGUCAGUUGAAACACUUAGUUUUCUUAGAUUUAAGCUAUUGUGAGAAUCUUCAGAGGUUGCCAAAUGAGCUAGGUCGAUAUCUUGCAAGACUUGGAUACCUAUCUCUUAAAUGGUGUCGAUCAUUGGAGAGGCUUCCGGAUUCAAUCGGAUAUUUGAAAUCUUUGAUUGACCUGAAUAUAUCCGGCAUGAGGAUUGAAGAAAUACCUGAUUCUAUCGGAAAUUUGGAAAAUUUGAAAGUAGUGAAAAUGGAGGAGACUGGCAUAAGGAAAAUACCUGAUGCCUUUUGGACGAUUGAGAAGCUUGAGGAAAUAGUAGGCAAAUGUACACCUCAUCAUAGAGUCCAUGUGGAAAUUGGCACUUGCAUCUACAAGAAUCAAUCCCUGAGGAUCUUGAAAUUGACACGUGCGGAUAUAUACGCAUUACCAAGGCUUCCUGAAAGUCUUAUUGAAUUACGACUGUCUGAGUUGUACAUAGACAUGUUUCCAGAUCUCUCAAACCUCACUCAUUUAAAGGAAUUGGAUCUGGUUUUCGGCCGACCUGAUUCUGAUGUGAAAUCUUAUGCGCCUGUGGAAUGUCCGAUACCAUGGUGGAUGGGGAACUUAAGCAAACUGGAGUCUUUAAAACUGGACUCUGAUUAUGUUACCACCUCACCAACAGAACUUAGCCUCCUUCCUCAUCUCAAUGAACUUUGCCUCGUGUGCCCUGUUCUACGUUGCCUCCCAAGGCUUCCCUCAAGUUUAUCAUCCUUAUGUUUGAAACGUUGCUACUCACUUUGCUCAAUGGAGGGUCUAUUGAAUUUGAAGAAACUAUCAUCUCUCGAGAUUUCAUCUGCUGCAAUUAUGGACAUUCAAGGCCUUGGUUGUUUGGAGAACCUACGAGAUUUGCGACUUUUGAACCUUCAACAGGUGGGGAGACUACUUGAUCUAAGCAAUUUAAACAAACUAAAGUGUCUUGAAGUACGAAAUUGUGGUAAUCUGGUUGAGAUUCGAGGUGAACUACCACAAUCUUUGCAAGAAUUGUUGAUUUCUUAUUGUGAAUCUUUAGAGAAGUUGCCUGAUCUGUCCAACUUGAAGGAACUGCAACAGGUUGACAUAGCAGGUUGCACGAAAUUAAAGGGCGAGGCAAUUCUCAGCUCCACUCGGAGAAGUCAUGCAAAUUUGUGGGAGAACCUACAAUAUCUGCGGAUUUGUGGCCUUGGACAAGUGGAGAUACUACCCAAUCUAAGUAAUUUAAAGAAACUAAGAUGCCUUCAAGUAGAAAACUGUGGUGAUCUGGUUGAGAUUCAAGGUGAACUAUCACAAUUUUUGGAAGAAUUGAAUAUUUCUUCAUGUGAAUCUUUAAAGAAGUUGCCUGGUCUGUCAAGCUUGAAGGGAUUGCGAAGGGUUAAAAUAUAUCGUUGUGGGAAAUUGAAUGUAGAGGCAAUUUCUCGGCUUUGCUUAGAGAUGUCAAUUGAAUUUGUGGGAUAAGACUGUAUCUGAAUGUGAGGGAGAAGAUGACGGAUAAGUGCACGUUGCUCUUGAAAGCUUCUUGAUCCACGGCAACAAAUUGUUCCCUUCUGUUCAGGCUUUAAAUGAAUUGAGGGAGCUGUGGCUAACUGGGCAGCUGAAUAGAUGAAGACUGAAGAAAAGCAGAUAAAAGAUGAAAUUUGAUGUUGACCGUAUUCCCUCUCACAAUCUUGGGGUGGUUAACCCUAUAUUAUAUCUGUUUUAGGGGGUAAAAGGGCUAUUUAGGCAAACCUGAUUGUGGUUUUUUUCUUUAUUAUGGCCCACAAAAAUGAUUAUUACAUCUCAUCUAAAUGUGUGUUCUCUUCAUUGUUAUGCAAUAGAACUUGCUUAUCAGUACC